AAAUGUUCCCAGUCAUAAUUUCACAAAAAAGAUGAAGCUCACUAUUAGAGCUAAGGGCAAUACUUUUCAUCACUGUCUCUUUAACUUACCCCACUUUUAUAGUGGCAUGUAAUAUUGUCAGUUGCUGCAAAUUAAACGCUCCAGAAACAAACUAAAAAACAAAAACAAAAUUUUUUUGAUUAAGAAGGAAUACCUUGUACCUUGUAGAGUUGGCAAUAACAACAACAACCCCAUUAAAUCAGCUCAUCAGCAAGCUGUAGCUUUAGAGUAGGAAUUUGUUCUACUAUUAUUUCUUUUGCUGAUUCUGUUCUUUCCAAAUUCUAUAAACCAACAAACCCAUAUUUCUAUUUGUAGUUCAGCUGCUCCUUUCUCACCCACCUGCUACUUUCUCUCUCCUCUUCCCACAUUUAUUUCACUGUCUGUUCAAUCUUAAUCAAUCUUUAAUUCAUUCAAUUUCUGUUUUGCAUAUUGAAUUUCAUCUGGGUUUCUUCAAUUUCUGUUUUCGCAUAUUAGUUUCAUCUGAGGUUGGUUCUAUUUCUUCUUUUUCAUCAUAAAUACAUCUGAGGUUGCUUAAAUUUCUGUUUUUUUUUCUUAUAAAUUCAUCUUGGGUUAGUUCAACAUCUGGUUUUCCAUUUAAAUCAUCCGGGAUUAGUUCGUUUUCUGUUUUCCCCAUAAAUUCACUUGGGGUUAGUUAAAUAUUAUUGUUUUCCCUCACUUAUACUAUUAUCUGGGAUUAGUUCAGUUCAAUUUCUGUUUUUCCCAUUAUUUCAUUUGGGGUUAGUUGAGUUCCUGAAUCUUGCCAUUGAAGUCAUCUGGGGUACUCCAUUUUAUCAUCGUCUUCUGGCGUCGAAGACGAUGCCGUUGGUGAGAUUCGCAAUUAAAAAUGAGUAUGGGUUGGGUGUUGGAGAGCUAUACAAAGAUGGGGUUGAGUCUGAAGACCCCAAAGCUGUUCUUGAUGGCGUUGCUGUUGCUGGACUUGUUGGUCUUCUUCGCCAGUUAGGGGAUCUUGCCCAAUUUGCAGCUGAAGUUUUUCAUGGAUUGCAAGAGCAGGUUGCUUCUACCUCAUCCAGAAGUCGUAAACUGGUUAAUCGUGUACAACGGGUUGAAGCUUCACUGCCAUCACUUGAGAAGGCUAUACUCUCACAAACGGAUCAUCUGCGUUUUGCCUAUACACCUGGCUCUGAACGGCAUGCUUAUAUCAGAACUGAGCGAAACCUAUUUAUCUGUGAUGACUUUCCACAUUACAUCAUGGAUUCAUAUGAAGAGUGCAGAGAACCUCCACAUCUGCAGUUACUUGACAGAUUUGACUCUGGUGGUCCUGGAUCAUGCUUAAAGAGAUACUCAGAUCCAACCUUCUUCAAAAGGGCAUCAUCCUGUUCUCAAGUAUCUAACAGUGAGACAUGUCAAAGAGAAAGAAAAACUCGGAAAACUAAGAAAAGAAGAUCAUGGCAACAGAGUGGACAGUUGCCAAAGUCUACACCAAAUCUGAAUGGCAGUAGCAGGAUGCAAUUUUCUUCUACUGGCCACGGGCAGUCUUCUCUGUCACAUACGGGUUCCACUUUUGACAUGACGUUCAAAUCAGAUAUGGGAGAUCAAUCAGAUUCGCAUGGUUCAAAGGAUGGUGUGGAUUUUAUGGAAUGUGUUUCACGUCCAAGCAUAUCUACACGGCCUGAUGAAACAAAGAAUAAGGGAUUGUCUACUUCAUUAAUAGAAGCAGAAGUAAACAACAAUGGAUCAAUACACCCUGAUGAGCAGAUUUCCGUAGCCAGUGAUGAUAAACCAUGCAGUAAUGAUGCGGAGACAAUCGUCCCUCAUUCUUCUAAUGCCACUUGGGACGAGCUUCUGGAAAUAGUUGAGCCUACAGAUGUCACUUACAAGAUUGAGGAUACUCGACAAAUGCCUGCGACAAACUGUUCCCCUCAUGAGCUGGAGCUUAAGCUUGUCAAUAAAAUAUGCGUCAAUCAAGUAAACGACUUACCUGAACAAGGAAGUAAUCCAAAAUUAAAAGCUGACGCAUGGCACCUGAGAACAACUUGUGAUGAGAACUUCAUGGAGCCAAUAGGAUUGAGUUGUCGGAUGAAUGAAGUUCAAGAUCUUCUUAAGAUAAACUUUGACCUCCAAGAGCAUUAUUUGGAGCCACCUCAUUUAGAAUCGUGCACUCAAGUGGUGGACUCAUCUGAAGUCCACAAAUCUCCAAAGCCAAAUACUAAUGACAACGAUCCUGUGUACAGAAGGUUGGAAACAGGUGCAGCGCCAUAUUUUCUUGAGGCUAAUUUUGAUGUUGCUGAGAAAGAAUUGGAAACAGUCUAUUCUGAACAUGUUAGUGCAGUGGAUGCCUUUACAGAAGGUGGAAGCAAUGUUGAAGCAAUUGAAUGGAAUGUGCAGGAUCCAGAAACAGUAAAUGCAGAACUUGUUAGUCAAGUGGAUGCCUUUCCUGUACGUGUAAACCAUUUAAACAUAAUUGAAUGGAGCGAGAGGGAUUUGCAAACAGUUAAUCCAGAACACGACAGAGUGAAUGCCUUUUCUGAAUGUGGAAACAAUGUGAAGGUUAUUGAAUGGAAACGACCGGAAUCAGAUACAAUUACUACAGAACAUGUCAGUGAGAUGGAUACCUGUUCUGAAAGUGUAAACAGCGUGAAGCUAAUUAAAUGGAACCAACAGGAACUGGUAACACCAAAUACAGAAAAUGUUAGUCAAUUGGAUACUUUUUCUGAAGGUGGAAACAGUGUGCAAGUGAUCGAGUGGAGCCAGUUUGAUGAUAUUGACAGCGGAACAGAAAACUUUGUUGAUGCUCUUAAUACUAUCGAGUCAGAAUCUGAAAGUGAUUUUGAGACUGAAAUGAUUAAGGAAGUACCAUCAACAGGCUCUAAAGAAGAAGAGGAAGAAUAUGCAGUCAAUGGCCAAACAUCAGAAGUAACAAGUCAUUUAGAACCAGACCAUCAACAUCUCGCUACAGCUGAAAUGGGAGAAAAUGCAGUCAAUGGUCAAACAUCAAAAAUAACAAGUCAUAUAGAACCAAAACAUCAACUUCUUGCUACAGAUAAAAUAGGAGAAAAUGCAGUUAAUGACCAAACAUCAGAAAUAACAAGUCCUUUAGAACCGGAACAUCAAUGUCUCACUACAUCCUACAAUGUUCAAGAAGAAGACUCAGACGAUUUAGAGAGGUCAGCUACUUCGAUGUCUUCAGCCAAUACAUGGUCUCCAGAUCGUACUUGGUCAUCCCAUGACAAGUCAGAAUCAGCAACAGGCCAGAAAAGGGAUGUUCCAACGUGUUUGUCUGAAGAACAGUCCUUGCAAACCAUCCAAUCAGCCACGCUCUCCAAUGUUCCCCAGGGUCUUGAUUUUUGUGUUGAUGAUCCUGCGGGAAUCGUAGAUCCUGCAAUCUGUGAAAUCACAAAAUUUGGUUCUGACGCUGCCAGUGACGAGAGGAUUACCUGUGCGCCGCAUAUGCCUCAGGAAGUAUCAGCUGGGUCAUCCACCUCUGAUCCACUUGCUUUCUGGACAAAUGGAACUUUGUUUGGAUUAGCGCCUUCAAAACCUAUCGUGUUUAGCAUGCCUGAUUCUGUGGAUUCUGCUCCUACAAGUAAUGGUGGUAAAGUUGGCCAAUGCGGUCUGGAUGCUGUUCAGAAGGUUGAUCCUGAAGGAACACGGGCUGCGUCAGUAAACGAAUCUGAGCAUGGUUCCUCUAAGCAUUUGUCUCAUCAAAGGUUUGAGAAGACAUGUGAUACAUCUGUAGGCCAUGAUAAGAUUAACUUUAGUGAUCAUCCAGUGACCCUUGAUCUGAGUAAUGGUGAUGCCAUGCCUCUUGGAAGUAAAGUUCCCCGAGGUACCAAUAUGAAAAAUGUGUCAUCCGAAGCUACUGGUGCAAGCGAAGAUAGAUCGUCACUGUUAUCUGUGCUCAGUCGUGGUUUGCUGAAAAAUGGUCUGCGCAGGAGUGGAUCAUUGGGUUAUUAUGAAACACAUGAAAAUAGUGUCCCUUUGAAAGCUGAUGAACGUAUAAAUAGAUGCCAAGAUGAUGUUUCGCACGCUGUACCUGAGACCAACUUGAAAGAAAAGUUGACCUCUCCUGUAAAUUCUCCACCACCUUCACCACCUCUUGGGCAUAUGAAGAUCUCUUUCCAACCUGUUGAUAGCUUUGAUACAUCCAGGCUAAAGCUCAAAUAUCCAGAGGGGAUUGAUCAGUAUGAAAACACUUUAGAUGCAUUUCCUACAUUUCAGUUAGUUCCAGAGUCCAUUAUGUUGCAGCAUGAUAUCGGUUCAGAUUCUGAUGAUGAUACUUUUAGCCGUUCAUAUGCCUGCAUGUCAGAUGAGUCCCACAGCCAUAUGUCUGACUCGAAUUCUGAUCAGUGGGAGUCUGGUGAUUCCGCAGAAAGUAACGACCACACAGUUUAUGAUGGAUUGCACAGAAUCUCUUCAGCAGAAUCAGCUUCAGUCUCUCCGCAGCUUGAAGAAGCAGAUCAUGGAAGCAUACAUGUUGGGUCUGGAUCUUUUAGCGAUGCACAUUCACUGUCUAACCCUUUGGUUGGCUUACCAACUUUGAAUGCUAAAAGUCCAUUUGGUUGCCAAAAAGUAGAACCGUGCGUAAGUCCAGCACUACAUUCUUCCCAUCUUCAGGAGCCAACACAUGAACCACCACCUCUUCCACCUAUGCAGUGGCGGGUUUCAAGAUUAUUCGAUGAAGUAAUGCUUAAGCAAAACCAGGUAUCUGAUAGUCUGAGCCAGUCUUUUGUUCCUAGGCUUUUGAACUCUGCCAUUGCUCAGCCAGCUAAGGUGGACUUAGCUAAGCUAGUUAGCACAGCUCAUGAGUCUGCUACAAUUGUAGAACCCAAAAAGGUGGAAGAUCAGAAAUUUGUACAGGAACAAACUUAUCAUGCAGAAAAAAAGAAAGAAACGGAUGACAAAGGAGAUUUUCUACAUCAAAUCAGAACUAAAUCCUUCAAUCUUAAACGUACAGGACCAACACGGUCAACGUAUACACCUACCCCUGCCACCAGUAAUAAAAUUACAGCAAUCUUGCAAAAGGCAAGUGCAAUUCGCAAGGUUGUUGGAAGCGAUGAAGGUGAGGAUGAUAGCUGGAGCGAUACCUGAUCUGUUGGUGCAAAAUUUUGCAGUUAGUCAUAGAAAAGUCUUUUACCCUGUCCUUUGAUUGUAUUUGUCAGAUUUUCUGCUUGUGAUUGUAGUUGUAGUUGUGAAUAGUAGUACCGAUUCUGUAAUUAAAAACUAGGACUAACUUAGGUACUUAAUAUCGCUCCUCCUGUUGUACACAAAAGUGAACCUUUUCUCAGGAGGUUCAUGACUCUAUCUGUAGUUUCCUAUGUUAGAUACAUCUGUUUCUUAAGAUUUGAUAGCUUUCGAUAAAAUAUAAAAGAUCAAUUAUCAGUUUUCUGUUG